AUGUUCCUAGGCAACCCCUGCUUCUCCUGGGGGCCCCUGCUUCUCGGGGCCCCACAGAACCGCAUUCACACAAACACUGGGCUCAUGUUCAACCAUCCUGGUCUUCCAUCCAGUGAAGUCCUGGUCCCAAACCGGUCAGACGAAAGGUGGACAGAGGAGCAGAGGGUAGAGGAGAGAGAGGAGCAGAGGAGAGAGAGGAGCAGAAGACAGAGGAGCAGAGGACAGAGAGGAGCAGAGGGUAGAGGAGAGAGAGGAGCAGAGGAGAGAGGACAGAGAGGAGCAGAGGAGCAGAGGGUAGAGGAGAGAGAGGAGCAGAGGAGAGAGGACAGAGGAGCAGAAGACAGAGGAGCAGAGGACAGAGAGGAGCAGAGGGUAGAGGAGAGAGAGGAGCAGAGGGUAGAGGAGAGAGCGGAGCAGAGGAGAGAGGGCAGAGGAGCAGAGGACAGAGAGGAGCAGAAGACUGCAGAAUAUCAACAUUUUACAGUUUACUCUUUAUUAUCACCUGUGUCCUUCCUCUUCACCUGUGUCCUUCCUCUUCACCUGUGUCCUUCUUCUUCACCUGUGUCCUUCCUCUUCACCUGUGUCCUUCUUCUUCACCUGUGUCCUUCUUCUUCACCUGUGUCCUUCUUCACCUGUGUCCUUCCUCUUCACCUGUGUCCUUCUUCUUCACCUGCGUCCUUCUUCUUCACCUGUGUCCUUCUUCACCUGUGUCCUUCCUCUUUACCUGUGUUCUUCCUCUUCACCUGCAUCCUUCCUCUUCACCUGCGUCCUUCCUCUUUACCUGCGUCCUUCCUCUUCACCUGUGUUCUUCCUCUUCACCUGCGUCCUUCUUCACCUGUGUUCUUCCUCUUCACCUGUGUUCUUCCUCUUCACCUGUGUUCUUCCUCUUCACCUGUGUCGUUCCUCUUCACCUGCGUCCUUCUUCACCUGUGUCCUUCCUCUCACCUGGACCUGAGAGCCUCACACACCUCUGAGCACAGGGACCUGAGAGCCUCACACACCUCUGAGCACAGGGACCUGAGAGCCUCACACACCUCUGAGCACAGGGACCUGAGAGCCUCACACACCUCUGAGCACAGGGACCUGAGAGCCUCACACACCUCUGAGCACAGGGACCUGAGAGCCUCACACACCUCUGAGCACAGGGACCUGAGAGCCUCACACACCUCUGAGCACAGGGACCUGAGAGCCUCACACACCUCUGAGCACAGGGACCUGAGAGCCUCACACACCUCUGAGCACAGGGACCUGAGAGCCUCCUGA